AUGGCUGGAAGAAACAGGUGUUCCACUUGCUUCCGCCUGCUGCUACUGUUGUAUUUCUGCUCGUACUCUGGCUCUGUCAUAGCAGCAGAAACAGACAGCAGUUCGAGAUGGCUGAUCCCUCGAACAAAUAUCACGGGACCGAACCCGGACGACUACCAGUGCCAGAGUGCUCGUGCGUCUGAUUACUACGGAAUUGGUGUUCGCCUGGGGAUAUACUUUUCGUGGUUCACUGGAUGGAUCGCAAAUUCAUUUGUGCCCGGCGAUAUCGGUGGAGCUUUAGAUACAAACGCCAUUUUCCUCUUUGCCAAUCUCGUGGCCAUGGUGCGAUGUACCAUCACCAAAGUUCUGACACAGCUUGACUGCGUGAUACUCAUGCACUUGUCGGGAGGAACCAUCUUUUCAGUGCUGAGCCUUUGGGGAUACCGGACUUGUCACUAUGUGCGCGAAGGCCCAAAGGGGAUCCGCCACUUUGGAGGCUUUGGCACGCACCUUCGACUCCUGCUCUCGAUGGCUGUGGCCGUGUACGGCCUGUGGUUCUGGUGGUUCGGUAUCCAGCCAGACACGACCGUUAUCAACGUGGAUACUGGCCCAUGCAAGACCGUCUAUACUUUCAUGUUCGCCAAGGUCCGCGCCGACGGUGGCGUGAGAAUAUUUUACAUCAUUGUCUGCAUCGGCUGCGUCAUCUACUUCGGCAUCAUGUUGCUGGUAUCCUCCCUGGCUCUCUACGCGAGGGUUGCAAAGGCAGUCGGCAUGGCCAAGAAAAAGAAAUGGCGAACGAGCACUCGACUCCAUUAUGCCACAGGCCUCUACCAAAAAGAACUACGCCGAAUCUUGUACUUCCUCCGAGUCGGCAAUUUCCUCUUCAUUGUGUGGUCGAUGAUUCUGGUGGAGUGUACGCUCAACUUCAACCAUGUCAAGGAAGUGCUGGGCCCUGGCGGCCGCAUUUUCUUCCCGGACCAGCUGAUUCCUAUGAUUAUCGGCACCUUCAGUUUCCUCCGGUUGGGGUACAAAGUGCUCGAAAAGUGGCGAGAUCCCGAUGACGACCCGUCACUUCCAACGGAGCUUAAACCGUCCAAGACACAGCAAGACUUCCCGGGGCCGAAGCGAAUCUUCAAACUCUUCGCACCGCCGACAAGCUCUGCCCACCCCCGGCCUCAAGCGCCGGAAGACAUGCCGCCAGAGGACACGGAUAUCGAUCAAAUUGUACAAGACGAACCCAUACGGUUGCGAUACCUGGUCACCUGGCUUCCCUGGCUGUCGCUGCUACAUUGGUGGACGGACGACGAGCAGCAGCAGCAGCGCCAAAAUUCGCACAAGCGUGAUGCCAGUAAUAUGGAAAAGGGCCGUGCCCGUGCCCACUCGCCGACAUCCACUCUGCAGGGAACACCGACUAAUUCGACGUUUGUGAACCCGUACGAACCACAGAUCCCAUGA